AUGCCCGGUGAUAGCAAAACUCUAAAACUAAGGGAGAUGUUUCGCUUCCGAUCAUCUCAACGGCAUAGAGAAUUACGCAUUCGGCAUUCAGGAAGUUCCGAUCAAACCAUGAAGACGAAGAGUACCGCAGCUCUGAAUACUGCUCCUGCUAAUGUUCCCCAACCGGUUCCCAUUGUACGCGUUCAAUGCGAUCCAUCUUUUGAAGAUGAAGAAGAAUAUGAAAGAGAAUUAUAUCGAGUUCGAAGCUUCAAAAGAACUUCGAAAGGACUUAUUAGUUUGGGUGACAGUUUCCGGUCACGGAGUACAACCAACUGUAGCCGUGGGUAUAACCUGCCACGAACCUCAGCAAUUUCUGCCAAAGUCUCACUUUGCCGCAGCAAAAAGAACUCUGAAUGCUAUUCGGAAAUUUCUGGAAGAAAAGAACGGCAUUCAACCGCCUGUGGUGAAACACCAACUGCAGCAUUGGUGGACGAGCAAUUUGUUGUCAAUCACUCUCCUGCAGCCCUCAUUCCAUCCUCUACGAAUAGUCUCACAAAUAUCGCCGUCCCUGUUAAAGUGCAAAUAUUAGGCGGACCAACAGUUGGCAAAACAAUGUUGUGUCGACAAUUUCUCACUGCCGAAUUCAUGGGUGAUAAAACAGAAUCAUGUGAGUCUCACUGUUGCUGUCUGUUGGACACGAACAUAUAUAUAUAUAUAUAA